UUGACUUUUUAGUUAACUUUAGCAUUUGUGGAAAAACGUAUGCCUAGCACUGUUUAAUUUACUAUGUAGUAAUUUUAUCCAAAGCGGUGUACAGUGAAUUCAGACACAGGGAGGUACAGGUCAUUAGGAGCAGGUAGGGGUCAGGCAUCUAGCUCAAGAACCUUCCUGAAAGCCUACAGGAAGGUUGUGGACAUUGGGGAUCUAACCCAGUACCUUUUAAACCUGGAGUCCAACACCCAGUCUACUACUCUUAGAACUAAACGUGGUUUUGUCCUUCUGGUUUCAGAUGUGAUUCUGUGGGAGGGGUGCAGAUACAACCAGGAACUGAUUCCACUGAUUCUACAUGUCUUAAAUAUGUGGCAAUUGCGUUCAUAAUAAUAGGAUGCAUAUGUUUCAUCAUUUCGUUAGUCCUGGGAGCAUUGUUUUAUAGAUGGCUGAAAAUGGAAAGGGAUUUAACUGAAUUGGAAAAACAAAUAGAUGAGUGGGAAACACCGGAACAGAAGAUGGAGUGUUUGGCAUUGUGGGAACAACUUCAUAAGAAGAAGAAAACACAGAAACAGGAGAGGAAGUUUGUUGAAUUUAUUCAUCAAUAUAGGGCGAAAAUGGAAUCACUGAAACUGGAUUUGGAGUUAACUGAAUGGGAAAAACAAAUAAAUGAGAUGGAAACACCGGACCAGGUGAAUGCGUGUUAUGCAUUGUGGGAACGACUUGAAGAGAAAAAGAAAACACCGAAACAGGAGAUGAAGUUUGAUGAAUUGAUUGAUCGACAUAAUGAGAAAUACGAAACAAUGGACCUGAAUCAUGAGAUCAUUGAAGGGGUUUAUAGAAGACGUCUGAUGGAAACAGAGGGAGCAAACAGGAGGUUAAAUGUAUGGAUUGACCUCUUUCUGGAGCAAAUGAAAAGUCGGGAACUGGAUAGGGAGUUAACUGAAUUGGCUAAUCAAAUAUGUCUGAAGAAAACGGUAAAACAGGAACAGGAUGGGGAGUUUUACAAAUUGAUUGAUCAACUUCUGAAGAAGGUAAAAAAGGAACGGAAGAGGGAGUCAGCGGGUGGAGCUGCUGGAGAAGGGACAGCUCGUUACACAUCCACAAAUCUCCCCUCUACGGAGCUUCCUGCAGGUCUAGAGACAUCCAUCCCUCCAGCUCCCUCCAGUGAAACACAGCCUGCAGGUCUAGAGACAUCCAUCCCUCCAGCUCCCUCCAGUGAAACACAGCCUGCAGGUCUAGAGACAUCCAUCCCUCCAGCUCCCUCCAGUGAAACACAGCCUGCUGAAGGUGAGUUGUGUUAAUUAUGUUAAAGCUUCAGUUAUAUAAUGAGAAUGACAAUAUGAACUAAUCCAGAUUCUAUUAAAUAUCCACGAUCAUUUCACCCUGUACCUCUGAAAUGUUUUAUCCACAAAUAGAUGCGAGGGAAUCUAUUAGACUAUAUUAGAGUGCAACUUAAUCCCAUCAAAAAAUAAUUUAAAUCAAGAUGACCUUUGGACCUUUUUUCACUUGUCUAAUUGAACACUACUGGUCAACCGUUAUCUAUAGUCAUGCUCAUUGUGUGUGUCUUGUUUUUUGUGUGUGGUUGUGUGGGUUGGUUGUGUUACUGGUUUUGGGGGGUGGUUGUGUGUGUCUGGCUGAGUCUCUACUUGUGUUGGGUGUUUGUGUUUCUGGGUGAGCCCCUGGUUGUGUGGAGUGGUAGUGUAUCUCUGGUUGUGUGUGUCUGGCUUUGUGUGAGUUUUUGGCUGUGUGUGUGUGUGUGUGUGU